AUGUUCCGCCCUUUAUUUCAUUCCAACGUGUACCGGUCUCGUUCAAAUGGCACAUCCAGUGAUGAGGCCAGGGCACGGGAACGAGAUCCGCUGCAUCGGUCACACACCAACCUGGAUCUUAGGCAUAGUGAUAGUAGCAAUAGCGUCGGUAAACGUUUUGAUUCAGAACCAGAUUUAAGAAUAGAAGAAGAAGAACAAAAAGGCAAGACAUGCAACAGACAUUUCCGAAAAAAAUAUAGGGCACCACCACCCCCACCAUCGACACACGACAACUUCGAGGGUUCGUCGCCAGAUUCCAGCGAAGGGAACGCGAGACCUGAACCACAACGGAAGAUAAGACUCUUUAAAACGAGAAACGAAACCAAAAAGCUGAAUGACCAAGAAAACUUGAAUUUCAGGAGUUCGUACCACGAAUACAAGUCCCUCGAUCUGAAUGAUAAUCAGUUCGAGAGGAGAUAUAUGUCCCCUUGCAAGGAUAAGGAGAAAUAUUUUAAAUACCCUGACCAAAAUGACAUGGUUCAGAGUAGUUCGUCUCUCAAGAGAGAAGAAAGACUUCUACAAAUGAAAGACUAUCAAAAGACGAGAAUCGAAAGGAUGAGUGGUUGUCGAGCAAAAACAACCAAGAACGAACACAGUGAAGCAUGGAAAACUCCACUUUUAAACAGAAAUUUCAGGUACUCUGAAAGAUUCAGGAAAGAAGACUGUGAAUUACCACCUUUAAGAAGAGAAAAGACUUUCGAUGUAACUCUCAUGGCGAGUGAAAAGGAGAAUGACUCGUCCCGAAUAGCCAAUGAAAGCAGAACAAAGGUCAUAGGCGAGCAGCUCAAAAUUAACAAACUAAGUCCUUUGGCUGAAACCAGUAAGCCAUUGAGAAAAUCUCUUCCUUCACUAUUAGGUAAGAAUAAUGAAGAAAAAGAUGAAUUUCAAGCUGAAUUGAAAAAGGCUACGAGUAAGAUUAGAAACCAAUUAGGAAGUAAAAUUAAUGAUAGUGAAACUAAAACUAGUCAAGACAAAACGAAUGAACAAAAAACCCCAACGAAAAUACCAAGCAAAGUCAAAAAGUCUAGUCUAUCGACGGUUGCUAACACAGAGCCAAAAGUCAUUGCAAGUAGAAAACCUUUAAGUAGAGCUAAUGAAGAUAAAACAAGACAGACUAAUGUGAAUUCUAAUCCAAAAAUACUGGACCAUAAGCUAAAAUUCAACAGCAAAGAGAAUGGAAGACGUUUACCGGACAGAGGUCAGGCUUCAGGGAAAGAGUCUACUCCUGAACAUUCGCCAACUAGGAAGCUAGAUAGUUUAACAAAUCAAGCUACACAAGAGAAGCAAAAACAACAACCUCCAUCGAAGCAAUUCUAUUUUGGCAUGAUUGAAAGCAAACAAGCUAAUACCAACAAACAUCUGAAAGACUUCCCCGGACUAGGUAGCCCUAUCAUCGAGGAGAUCUCCAACUUCCACUUAAUUGAACAGAAGCUGCUCAACUAUCAAGAGACCCAUGACGAGGAUGCUGAAUUUGAGAAAUUUAAUGCCAAAAUAAAGAAGGUUAAGAAUAUAUCAUCGGAAUCAGCACUGUCUUCCGAUGGCUCAGAUGGUUCCUGGUCAGCAGGAUCUUUAGGCAUUGCAUUCCGACUUCGCCCAACUUUACCAAAAAAACAGAGAACCGUGCCAAGAUUUUCUCCUGCAGCUGCUUGGAAGCAGCUGGCUGCCCUGGAUGAUCAUUUAGCUGCAGAAACGCAACCUCUGGCAGUGGAAACAAAGAUGUCUGGUCACAUAUCUGCAGAAUCUUCUCCGAGGUCUGACCAGUCUGCCGACAAGUCCGGCGAUUCUGGCAUUUCUGGUGACAAUGUGCAUUCGGACCAUAGGAUAGACUCACCAAGACAUCUUGUGCAAGAUUCAGGGCCAGCCGCCUGGACACCUCAACAAGACUUAGGCGACAGUAGCUCCGAAGGUGCAGGCAUUGGACUAACCCUUCACUCGUCACACCCAUCAGGGAAUGUAGCAACUUACAGCCCCGCCGCUCAACCCUUCAGCUUGUCACUACCAAGGGAUGGACAAGAGCGAGGCAAGCAAAUCCAGCAAGGAUUCAACAGCUUACAGAAACUCAGAAAAUCAGUCUCAGGAGCUUUGGGAGCUGCUUUAGGAUCACGGAGAUUGGACGUGGAACAUGAACCAAUGUUGCAAGAGCAGGAACAGAAUUGGUUUCUCACGAAGUCUGCUCCGAAUUCCUUGAGCAAUCCCCUAAUAUUUCAACAGCCCCGAGCUAAGGGUGCUGAUGAGGAUGUAAUUAAGGAGGAGGAGUCACAAUUUGGAGAUAAGGGGGAACCUUGUCUAUGGAGGCGAGGCACGUCAUACUUAUCGUGGGGCGGACACGUGAUGUACCUGCCCCCCGCUGCAGACCAGCCUCUGUCUAUGAUUGGAGGCAUCGAAAGACCUGUGAGGAGCAAAUCAAGCGGUUGUCUGGAGGUGAGUGCGCGAGCGGCGCGGGCGGCGCGCGCAGCCCUUGGUGGUGAAAUGCGUGAACGGGAACGCUCUGCAUCACCCGCUAUGUCAUCAUCGCUUGCGCGAGCGCUACCCGCCAAAGUGCUGCCCUCUACCGGGGUACGUAUACCUUACUGA